CACGACCAAGCUAAACAUGUUAGUGUAAAACCUCGGCAGCCCCAUAACCUGGAUUCCAGUAUAAGUUGUAAUUACCGGCUCGCACAUUGAACCCCUUGACUGGAAAACUUUUUUGUCGGCGCAGCUCAAGGAUCUACGAGUUUGUCCUCUGCUUUCUUUUCUCCUUUCCCCCCAACAGUGUCUGCCAGUUCCCGACCAUAUGGCCUUGUCCUCUUCGCUUCAUUCAACGUGAGAGUAGACGUAACCCUUAACGCCUUAACCCUUUAUCCGACAUGUCUACUCGCCGAUCCCACGCCGGCGUCGUCCCUGGCACCGUCCAUCUCGUUGAUGUGACCGGGAACCCCGGGACGUCAAAGUCGAAGAAUGGUAUUGAACUCAUCCCCCGUCCCAGCGAUGACCCCGAAGAUCCGCUGAACUGGAGCGAGGCCCGCAAACGCCUCUCCGUCUCCAUGGUCGUCCUGCACUCGAUGGGCGUCGGCCUCACCAUGGCCCUGCAAUACUCGGUCCUGGCAGAUAUCACUCGCGACACCGGCAUCGCCACGGCCCCCCUGGUCGAAGGGACAGGCUACAUGAUCCUGUUGAUGGGCUGGGGGAAUCUCGUCUGGCAGCCCAUCGCCAUCACCUACGGCCGUCGCGGCGUCUAUCUUUUGUCGGCACUCGGCACUAUCCCCGUCAUGGUCUGGACCGCCUACUCUCGAUCCGUCGGCGAGUGGUAUGCCCACCGUAUCAUUCUUGGCUUCUUCGCCGCCCCGAUUGAAUGCCUUCCUGAAGUGAGCAUCCCCGAUGUCUUCUUCGCCCACGACCGGGGAGCCUGGAUGAGUCUGUACGUGUUUGUCCUCUUCGGCUCCAACUUCAUCUCACCCCUGAUCGCCGGCUGGUUCGCAGAGGCGUUCGGGUGGAGGUGGACGAUGCAUUUUGGGGCCCUGGUCGCCGCAGUGACCUUUGUCAUCUUGUUCUUCUUCAUGGAAGAGACCAUGUACUUCCGCAAAACUCUUGAGGGACUGGAAGAGGUGGAUGAUCCAGAACCCAUACCCGCCCCGCAGUCGGUGAUCGUUGACGGCGACAAAAAGAAGGGUAGUCACCAGAAUUCCAUGGAUGGAAGCGAUGCCGGCGGCCCUUCGGCCACUGCCGUCUUUCCGGCAAGGAGGCCCUACCUCGAGAGACUGAAGCCCUUCACGCGGAUGCCGGGCCGACAGACCAACAAGGAGAUGUUCAAGGGCAUGUUCCAGCCUCUUCCCAUCAUGGUGCAGUUCCCGAAUGUCGCCUGGGCCGGGUUCAUCUACGGCAUCAACCUGUGCUGGUACAACGUGCUGAACGCCACUGCCAGCCCGCUUCUGAGCGCCCCGCCUUACAACUGGUCGACGGGCCUCGUCGGGUGCAUCUAUAUUGGUCCGCUCAUCGGCGCCGCCUUUGGGAGUCUCUGGGCCGGUGUGGUUGCCGAUCGCUUCACUCUCUGGCUCGCCCGUCGGAACAACGGAGUCAGGGAACCCGAGCAGAGACUGUGGCCUCUGGGCUUGUCGGCGGUCAUGUCCUGCGUUGGUCUCAUCGUCUGGGGUGUCGGUGCGGAGCACCAGAUCCACUGGGCCGGCCUGGCUGUCGGUCUCGGGAUCCUCACCUUCAGCUGCGUGGCCGGAGGAUCGGUCGCCCUGUCAUACAACAUCGACUGCUUCAAAGACAUCAGCGGCCAGUCAACAACCUCCAUCAUCGUCAUUCGGAACACAAUGGGCUUUGUCAUGUCAUACGGCAUCACUCCUUGGUAUACGAACAUGGGGCUGCAGAAUUGUUUCAUCAUGGCAGGAUUUCUGUCCCUGGGCUGUACCCUCACGUUCCUGCUGAUGAUUUGGAAAGGCAAGGCUCUUAGGAGACGAUCGGCGGAACGGUACUGGAAGUAUGCCGAAAGCAGCGUUAAGCACCAUUGAAGAGCCUUGCAAGACUCUUAGAUAACGACGGCAGAGCGGUACCGGAAGUCCGAAGGAUGGGACUUGCUGGCAUCAACUCAGGUUGUAAGUCUGUGUACCUGCUCAUGGACACCCCCUCUCCCCUUGAAAUGGGUCAGCUCACCCCCCCCAAGCACCUGCCGUUCGAUGCUGCCGAUAAAACCAUUUUAAAUCCCAC